AUGGAUUGUGAGAUUGACUUCCCGGCAGAUUUCAUACUCCAGCACAAGUUAGAUCCUGAGAACCUACACAUUUUAGAUGUUACACAGGUACCUGUUGAUACUUGGGAGCUGUUAAAUUAUGCCGCCAAGCCAUCUGUGUCAGAUAACCACUAUGAAAGUCAAGUUUUACGGUUUCGUUACGCCUAUGCAGAACGACGAAAUGGAUUGCUAAAGAUCCAACAUGAUGGCCAAGUGUGUGUCAAUGGUGAAGUUUGUGAUAAGGACACUUUUUUCAAGGUGAUCCACGAUUUCAGCGACAACUACUAUCAAAUCAUAGGCAUUACUGAUCAAAACCAGAACAAGGUCCUCUACAUGGAUGGCAUAAACCUCAAAACAAGGGAAUACAAACAUGGAUAUGAUGACAACAGCCUUGACACAAGAUUUGUCUUUGAGUUAAUAGGAAAUAACUCAUGGAAAAUAAUGGCAAAAGAAACAGGUCAUGUUAUUGAGUUUGACUUAGAGACAGGCAUGUACCUGCCAAAGAAAGCUGAUGAUCAAAAGGCCAGUCCUCCUAUCUUCUGUAACCCUGAUGUUGGUCCACGAUUGCAGGCAUAUGUGCCGGUACAAAUGAAAAUAACGACAGUCUAAUACAGCAAGGGUAUGA